UGUAGCUGUUUGGGUAGCGUGUCGCAUAGGUUAUGUCUCCAUGGUGUGCUCAGUGUCACAACAUUGCACUCUUUGUUUCGCGUGAUUUGUUCCCUAUGCCCUCGUUGUGCAUGACUCUUCUGAAGUGAAAUGUGUACGAGCUACACACGACUUGUCACUUCGGGUUUGGGCAGUUACCUUUUAGCCCGGGGCUUUGAAGACUCGAGGACCAUCUGGGUUUAAGAUAUAGCUCUGAGGAACCAGGGACAUCAGACUUAGCCACCACAGACAGCCAACGCCAACAUGCCACAGAACGAGUACAUUGAGAGGCACCGUAAAUUAUAUGGUCGCCGGCUUGAUUAUGAAGAACGUAAACGCAAGAGGGAGGCCCGUGCGCCCAAGAAGCGUGCAGAGAAGGCUCGCAAACUCCGAGGUAUCAAGGCCAAGAUCUUCAACAAGGAGAGGAGAAAUGAGAAGAUCCAAAUGAAAAAGAAGAUUCAGGCCCAUGAAGAGAAAAAGGUCAAGAAAACAGAAGAACAGCCCACAGAUGGAGCACUUCCCGUGUACCUUUUGGAUCGUGAUGUCCAGUCCAGAGCCAAAGUUCUUUCUAAUAUGAUUAAGCAGAAGAGAAAGGAAAAGGCUGGCAAGUGGGAAGUUCCCAUUCCAAAGGUCAAGGCUCAAGGAGAUUCAGAAGUAUUCAAGGUUCUACGCACAGGGAAGUCCAGGAGAAAAGCAUGGAAACGUAUGGUCACCAAAGUCACAUUUGUCGGUGAAGGUUUCACAAGAAAGCCACCUAAGUUUGAACGUUUCAUUCGGCCGAUGGCACUUCGUUUCAAUAAGGCUCAUGUCACACACCCUGAACUUAAGGCUACUUUUUGUGUUCCUAUCAUUGGUGUAAAGAAAAACCCAAGCUCCCCCAUGUAUACUUCAUUAGGUGUCAUUACAAAGGGUACUGUUAUUGAAGUUAAUAUUAGUGAGUUGGGUCUUGUGACACAAGCUGGCAAAGUUGUGUGGGGAAAGUAUGCCCAAGUCACUAACAAUCCUGAAAAUGAUGGUUGCAUUAAUGCAAUUCUCAUUGUUUAAGUUAAGCUGUGACGUACCUUAUCAAGUUGGUGUUAAGGCUAAGAGUGAAGUAUUUCUAGGUCUGUUAAAAUGUGAAACAAAUGCUGUAUCUUGUCCCUUAAAUAAAAAAUUUCGUAACCAA